GCCUGUGCAGAGCGGGAUGUCCCCCGGCAGCGGUAGCACCCGCCGGAGCCCCGGUCCCCCCUGUCCCUCCCCUACUGUUUGGCGCACAGUGGUGACUUCCCACUCUAUUGGCAGCUCCAGCCCCGUCCACAGCCCCCGCUCCUGCUCAUGUCUGGCGGCCGCUGAGUGUUGUCAAUGUUCUGGCAGCUCCUGGUAGUAGCCGCUAUAGCAGCCCCCGGGUCCUACGCCCAAAGCCCCCCCUCUGUGAGUGCGGAGCUCAGCCGGGUAUGGGGGCCGGGGCUGCGGGGAGAGGCUGCGCUGCCUGCCCGCUACUUCUACAUCCAGACAGCGGACACCCAGGGGAACAACUUCACGUCUACUCCUCAGAGCGACCAGAUCAAAGUCUACAUCACUGCGCCGGGGGAACAAUAUACCAGAGUUGGGGUUCAGUUACUUGACAGGAAAGAUGGCUCCUUCCUGGUAAGAUACAGACUGUAUGCCACCUACAAGAACCUUCACAUUGAAGUUAAAGUUAAUGGAAGACAUGUCGCAAAAUCUCCGUAUUUCCUUAAAGGUCCAGUUUACAGUGAGGAAUGUCACUGCCCAGAACCUGUCAGUGACGUCUGGUUAAGACAUAUGUCAUGUAAUGACUCCAUUCCACAAAUUGAACGGGAUCUCAAACAUUUUCCAGUGGUUGAUCCUGACAAGAUUGCCAUAGAAAUCCCACAAAGAUUUGGUAACCGCCAGAGCUUGUGUCAUUACACCAUCAAGGAUAAUAAGAUUUAUAUAAAAACCUAUGGGGAACAUGUUGGAUUUAGGAUUUUCAUGGAUUCACUUCUUCUGUCCUUAACAAGUAAAGUGAAGGUUCCUGAUGUAGAAUUUUUUGUUAAUUUAGGGGAUUGGCCAUUAGAGAAGAGGAAGAUAGCUCCUUUUCACCCAAUCUUCUCCUGGUGUGGAUCUCUAGAAACAAAAGAUAUUGUAAUGCCCACAUAUGACCUGACAGACUCUGUGUUAGAGACUAUGGGAAGGGUAAGUCUAGACAUGAUGUCUGUCCAGGCAAACACUGGCCCAAAAUGGGAGGAGAAGAAAAACACCGCCUUUUGGAGAGGACGUGACAGCUGUAAGGAGAGACUUGAACUGGUGAAAAUGGGCAUGAAACAUCCAGACAUGAUAGAUGCUGCUUUUACACACUUCUUUUUCUUUAAACAUGACGAGAACCUCUAUGGUCCAAUUGUGCAACCCAUACCAUUUUUUGAUUUCUUUAAGUACAAGUAUCAGAUACUUAUUGAUGGGACAGUGGCAGCGUACAGAAUGCCUUAUCUCCUUGUUGGGAACAGCGUAAUACUUAAGCAAGAUUCCAUUUACUAUGAACACUUUUAUAAUGAACUCCAGCCCUGGAAGCAUUAUGUGCCUUUCAAGAAAGAUCUCAGUGAUUUGCUUGAAAAAAUCCAAUGGGUUAAAGAUCAUGAUGAAGAGGCUAAAAAAAUUGCAGUGGCUGGACAAGAGUUUGCAAGAAACAGCUUAAUGGGUGAUCAUAUUUUCUGCUACUAUUUUAAGCUUUUACAAGCUUAUGCAAAACUGCAGGUGAGUAAACCGAAAAUCAGAGAUGGGAUGGAAAAGGUGGAGAAUACUUCAGAUAAUUUCUUUCCAUGUGAAUGUCCGAGAAUUAAGGUCAAGGAUGAGCUUUGACAACAGAAAUGUUAUAUUGUAAGAUGCCGUACUUACCAUUACACAAAACACAAAAUGGAGUUUUGGGGAUUUAUAUAACAUAUUAUUAUGUUGUAAUAUUUUUAUACAUUUGUUACAUUCAAUACAGUUUUGCUACAGAGUGCUCCAUAAUAUUGUGUUCUAUUUCUAUAAGAAAAGUCUCUUUUAAAUAAAUAAAUCCUCUUGUUUUGAAUUUUUUUUUCACAGAAAUGUCUUAAAUAUUAUACAUUUCCACUUAACUUAGAGCUUUAAAGGAAUAUGCCACUAAGGCUGUGUUCACACACUGCAGCUAAUUAGCGGUAUUGCAGAUAAUUACUGCAUGUGUUUUUGCAGCAAAUAACCUCAAUUGCGGUAAGAAUGGUGCGUUUUAACUUGAUUAUGCAAAUUAUGCUAACUGCUGUAAAAAUGCCCCAAAUGCAAAUGUUUACUGCAAAACUGCAUGCGGUAAUUAGCUGCGUUUCAUGGACAUUGGAUAAAAAUCCACCGUUGGAUGCCAAUACUGCUAAACAUUGCUAGAUACAGUUAUUUUUUACCAUCAUGAAUGUGACACAGGUAUUCGCACUACCAGAUCCCCAACAGACCACAUUCAAGUCAAUGAGAUCCUUCAGAACCCGGUGGUGUCAGUUGUGCUCCGAUCUCCUUUAGGGCCGUUCAGCGCAAAAAAAAAAACGGACCCAGAACGGGAUGGAGCACAACGCUUAUGUGAACUUAGCUUACUUAAGAAGUUCAUUCAAGAGAGGAGAGAGAAGGGCUGCGACAAAUGUAAGAACCUGCAUGUGACCUUUUAAUAAAUUUGUCACAAAAUAUGACAAAUCAACACAGUGACAAGCAAAUUAAUGAAAAAAAAAUAAUAAAAUCCUCAUGAUAAAUGAGCCAUACAUCCAACAUACAGUACAGUGACCUCAGUCAGGAAUGCAGAUUCUAGUUUUAUUCUAAUAAGCAAAGUACUAAACAUUGCUUCCUCCGGCAUAAGCUAAACACAAACUAGUGCACCUUACAUCACAUCCAUUUAAAUCACAUGGUCAAAAAUGGCCAAAAGGUCAUAGGACAAUUACACAAACCAUUGUCAGUAGUACAAAAAAAGGACAUAAAUAUGUGAACAAAGGGAAAAUAAAAUACCAUGUACUGCAGGCUGUAGGAGUAUGUAGGAGUAAGGCCCUGCGACUAACUGAAAACCAGGCACAUGUCACCAAUGAGAAAUACCAUGAAAAUGUGGGUUCCGGGUUCCAGUGCAGCAGCCCUCCAAUCUCAAUAUGAGUAGGCAUUCUGAGGAUGAAUAGGAUCAGUCUAUUUGCUAGAAUCUGCACAAUGUGAGGACCAGCAGCGUUGGCACUUAAAAGGGUAUAAUUGGCAUGAUUUAUUGUAUUUGAUACUUUGUGCAUUGUGUUUGUGUAUCACUAUAUCAAACAGCAAAAGCAUUUUGCUCUUUUAGGAUAUUUUACCCAUGUUGAUAUCAUCUAAAUGACUUAUUACUAUAUAACCAUGUAGAAUGGUGUAGCUCUGGUCAGCACAUUCAGAUUUUCUACUAAUAAUUAGACAUAUAGCAUUUAAAAAAAAAUU